GUCACUAGGAGGUGCUGCGCUCUGUUGGUGGUUUUGAAAAUUUAUUUUUUUUGGCGUCAAUCAAAACACCGGAGCAAAUAAUUGUUUAUUGGUUAUAAAUUUUUAGAAAAAUAAUUUUGUAAAUAAAUAAAAUAAGCCGACAAAAUGUCAUCGAGAUGGUAUCCGAUGUUUCAAAAAGGAAAUCCGCAAUUACGAGUUUUCCUACCGAAUUUCUGGAUGAAAUUAGUAAGACCACAGUGUCCACAAGCAGACAAUCAAGUCGAGUUUCACGUGUCAAUGGGAAUGACCAAAUACGAUGUGAAAAAUUAUCUUGAAAAAAUUUAUAAUGUUAAAGUUCUUGAUGUAAGAACUAGAAUUAAGAUGGGGAGAUUCAAGAAAAGUUUAGAUCGUGGCUACAUUAUUAAAGACGAUGACAUUAAAGUAGCAUACGCUAUUCUGCCCAAAGACCAAAAAUUUGUAUUCCCGGAUAUAUUUAAUGUAGAAGAGAAAAAGAAAAAUGAAGCGAGUGAAAAACGGACUGUCGAUGAAAUGAAAGAAGGAUACAAAGACUUUCUUAAAACUAAUAAUAAACCUGGCGUUCCUGGAUGGUACAGUAUCUAAUAGAUCUAGAUUGUAAUGAAUAAUUAAGUAAAUAAAUGGUUUUAAAUAUUUAAAAA